AUGGAGCAUAACAAAGAAGAUGAGUUGGGGGAUUUCAUCGAAUCGUCCCAGGUUCCAACGCUGCGUACGAAAAUUCGUGAAAAAAGACCCAAUUACUUAUGUCCAAAAUUCUCCCCAAUGAAAAAACGGAAAAGGAAUCCAUUGAAACGGUUACGGGACAACAAAACCGUCUCCCAAUGCCUCCGGAAGGAGUGGAAAAUGUCACCGAGCAAACCAUCUUCGACUACUGUGACCAAGCAGCAAGCUGGUGUAAUGAAUGGUGCACCGUCGGAAGAGGAUUACAUAUUGUCUGCAUCAACCCAGCAGGAGGCACCGAAUGGUGAAAUCCAGGCAGUGCCGUCGGUCAGCUUGUUCGCCCAGCAGGAACAGGCUUUGGCACGGUACAUUUUUGAUGAAUCCUCCGACGCACAGGUGGAAGAACAGCUGGAAAAGCUGCUGGAUGGAUUUCAGGCUGAAUACCAACAGCAGUGUGCGGGGAUGGACCGUUCUCCUAUUCCUUGUGCAGUGGUAGAGCGUCCUGCAUCUGUGCCAUCAACAAUUUUAUUCGAAGCUGAAAUGGAGCUAGAAGAAAUACCGCCGAAAGAGAUACACGGAAAUGUCGCUGAACCACUUGAAGUGAUAAGCGAUAUAAUACCAUACUUUAGUGAAGAGAUACAACGAUUGGAACAAUCUUUGGUGCCAGUAUCGGUAGCUAAUACCCAAAUUAUGCCCAUAGUAGAACAAAGGGAAGAGGUUCCAGAAGUUGCGGAAGCAAAUAAAACUAUAGCCACAGUCACCGGCAACGUUUGCUUGGAUCUGUCGAAGCACGUGGAUCGGAGCACGGCGAAGAACGCAAAUGUGGUACAAGAAACGACCAAUCAAAACAAUUCCGCACACCUACGUAUUGAGGAAGUAACAAACUCCACUCGGGUAGACGGUGUUCUAGAUCUUCGUAUUAAGAAUGCUCAAACAGUUCCUGAAACAAUAACGCAUUACACCACUCGAACUAUAGUCCCAAAUCGACCACUUGUCAGCAAAACAUCAGAUUGUGGCAUACAGACGAACCUGUAUUGCAGACGGCGAAAUGUCGCUGUACAGCAUCGUCCGGUCGCUUCGUUCGAAUUUACCGAUCGUAAUUUAAUCGUUCUAGCGCAGCAGUGCGAAGCCGACCCGAGCAUGCUGGAACGGAAGCUUAGACGAAUUGCCAAAACGUCCUCAGAAGCAAUAUGGCGCGAGCGCGAUCUUUCCGCCGUAUUUACCACGGCAGAUCCGUACUAUGCGAAUUUGAAACAUUUCUUGUAACUGCAUCAAAAUUUUUCAAAGUAAAUUAUCGUGUCA